GAGGAAUGCAUUUUGUGGCGACAGAAUGGCACCUCCGUUUUUACUGGUCCCGGCUUGGAUGAUUACACCAGCUCCAUUCUACAAUUGGACCUCUCUGACGGAUUCCUCACCUCCAACGCGGAGAGCCCGUAUUCCAUGCUGGCGUACCUGCGACCCCUGCCAAACACAGUGUUGGAGGUUGACUUCGAGUUGCACUGCACCGAAGAAUGCUCGCUUUCUCUCAAGAAGGUGAGUUGCGGCCUCAGUUGCAUGCUUCCAGAAAUCUUGCGCAGCUUUAUCGGAAUUUCGGAUUGUAGACCGGCAUCUUUCGGCAGUUACUACUUGUAUGACCAUUUUUAG